AAUCACACGAAAUAAACUGUCAAACGAAAAAGUAGCUAAAUUUCGUCACAUAUAAUUCGGAUUUUUCUGGAAUCGAAAAAUACUUUAUUAAUAGAGAGUUUUGAAAUAAAUCUAUAUAAACAAUUUGUUAUUUCCUAUCAAAAGUAACAUUCAGAAACAAUAAAUUCAAGUAGAUAUUUCGGMACAUAUAUCUCAAUUUAUAGGAGCUUUAAGUUUGAGGAAAACAAUCGAUUUUACUUAACGUUAUAAUAGAAAAAAAAGAAGAUGUCUGAUUGGGACACAGUUACUGUUCUGCGCAAGAAGGCGCCCAAAGGCAGUGCGGCUAAAUCAGAAACAGUGGUUAAUCAUGCCAGACGACAAGGAGUACCCGUGGAAACAACACAAAAAUAUGGUGCGGGCACCAACAAGCAACAUAUAACCACAAAAAACACUGCCAAACUGGAUCGUGAGACUGAAGAGUUAAAACAUGACAAAAUUCCAUUAGACGUUGGCAAAUUAAUAAUGCAGGGUCGUCAGUCGAAAGGUCUUAGUCAGAAGGAUUUGGCAACUAAAAUUUGUGAAAAACAACAAGUCGUCACGGAUUAUGAAGCGGGCCGCGGCAUUCCUAAUAACUUAAUUUUGGGCAAGAUUGAACGUGUGAUUGGCAUAAAAUUACGUGGAAAAGAUCGCGGCCAACCGCUGCAGCCUCCCGGUAAGAAAUGAGUUGACAAUGCGGCUGCAAGUGGCAACGCUAGUAGUAACAAACCAAAAAACAACAUCCAUUAAACGCAUAUCGCAACAGCAACCAUUGUAAACGCUAAUGUAAAUGCAAAUAUGAAUGCCACUAACUUUCAUGCCAUAAACAACUGAAACGCUUACGACACCAGCGGCAAACGCAAGUAAAAUUAUCGGGAGGCUGAGAAGUUUUUUCUUCCUAACGGAAGCAACACUCUUGUCAAGGAGCAGUUUUUCAAUUUCAUAUGAUCAUACACAUACAUAAAACACAUUUUUAUUUGAUUUAAUUUUUUGUUUUCAAAUUCGAAUCUAAUAUAUUCUGCUUUCAGCAGCAUCAUCAUGAGCAGCCCUUUAACAUCAAACAAUACAAACCAGAGUAGAGCAGAAUAAAUAACAAAAUGGAAACUGUAAACAUGAAAUGUUCAUACAAUUUAUGUGCAACUACACAUAAAUUUUGAGCUCACACCACUUCAUAUUAAAAAGCCCAAAUUUUUAGCAAAAUACUAAGAUUAUGAAAUGAUAAUGAAUAUUUAUAAAAACAAAAAAACAAUAUAAAGAUUUUUACAUUAAACUUCAAUCAUGCUCAAAACUUAAAUGUAGUUUAUAAACUAUGCUGGAUAUUACAACUGAUCUAUAAACAUACAUACAUCCGUCGUUAAUUAUAAUAUUUCUUACUAUUACGAAGUAAUGAAAUUUAAAGCUGAACUUGAAUGAUGUUAUCAAAGAUUUUUAUUAAUAAAACGAUAUUUAAGGUCUCGAA